UCAUUAUACAAGGAUUUGCAAAUUGGGGAUGAAAAAAAUAAUAAAGUAGAAGAUAAAGGGAUAAUACGAGAAACGCCAUGCAAAACGUUGGGAAGUGAUGAAGUAGAGGGAAUAACUAAACGAGAUGUGGAGAGGACAAGAGAGACGCCAGACAAAAAGUGGGGAGGCGGAGAAGGUGCUUAGUGGGGUCUCUGUGGUGGUAACAGAGAUGAGCGAAGGUGCGUGUUGACAGUGGGUCUAUAAAGGUAGUGCAGGAGCGUCGAAGCCUCAUUCCCUUCCCGGACACUGAUUCGUCAUGGACCGCGUGCCGUUCAUGAUAGCUGUUGUGCUGACUGUCCUGCAGUUCAUCCCCGCCGUCUCCACUGAAGAUGAAUUUGAGUACAAAGUUCUGCCUCCUGUGUACAACGUAGGCGAACCCCCCGCCACUCCUGUCUUCUACCCACCCCCUGAACCCCUUAGCCCCUCCCCUUCCCCAGAACCCACACCACAACCUCCCCCCACACCAAACCCCACACCACAAUCUUCCCCCACACCAGAGCCCACACUGCCUACCGUCAAAGCCUCCCCCACAUCUAAACCCACACUGCCACCAACCAAUCCCCCAACUACCCCCCACCCACCCAAGACUCGCCGCCGAAAGCCCCACACUACGCCCCCGCCCACCCUCCCCCCAGUGCCGCCCAAGCCUCAACACCCCGCCCGCGUUCCCGCCCGCAAGCACAAACCAACGAGAAAGUCGGUGGUCUACAAGCCAGUUAAUAAUGAGGAGCCCAAGCGCUACACCUUCAAGUACGACGUGGAGGAAGAAGGCGCUCAGUACACCCACUCGGAGGCCUCUGACGGCAAUUCUGUCAGCGGCUUCUUCCGACUGCGUCUCCCAAACAACCACCACCACGACUUCACCUACGUUGCUGGGUGAUCUAGAGGCGCCUACGGUUCCGGAUCGAUGUUAACUGCCAUCUAAGUCACUUGUAUCAUCCCACAGCGUUCCUUCUAGUCAUUAUUCUAUACGCGCCAUCUGUUCUCAUUACUUCAUCACCAGCAUCAUUUAAAUCGCCUCUAUCACGUGUGCACAAUAUUAUGAUGUAUCAUAUAAUCGCCAAUGAACACUUCAUGCUCUCUCCCCUCUCUACAUAAUGCGUCUAAUCCAUCUGUCGCGGCACUGAUCUCUCACAUUCAAUCACCAGCAAAGCCUUACAUCAAAAUCGUCGCCUCGACCAACAUUCCUAUGAUAAAUUAGUUGAUUGCUUUUAAAGGAGAUGUUUCGCUUGCCUACAAACGUCCGUCAGACAUAACGCCAAAUAUCGGCUAAAACAAGAGACAUGGCACUAUCCGUUCUGCUUAAUACUUUUCUAGGGAAGCUUUCUUCUUCUCCUUAUAAGUUUGUUUAAUUCUUUGAAAAAUAUUUUUUUGUGAAUAAAAUAUAUUAAUCAUA